UGAAGAUUCGAUCACACGUAUUUUUAUUAAAAUUAUGGAUUUAAUUUUUCGGUUCUGUACAUUCUUUAUUUUUGUUUACUGUUCUUUGUCUACAUUACUUCUCACACAAGUUACUUCUAAAGGUGUUACUUCAAAAAAUACAACUAUUAAAUCAACUGAAGUAACUGCGACCAAUGCAUUUGCAAUAUCCACUAAACCUAACGCUGUCAUCAAAUCUACACAAACUGAUACCAUAAAGCCUACCAAAACUGAUGCAGUCACCAAAUCUACUACAUACACUGCAGCAGUUAAAACUGUUGACAUAGAUUCAGCUGUUACACCGUCUAAAAUUGACGCAUCUUUCAAGCCAACAAAAGUUGAAGCAGCUGUUAAACCUACUAAAAUUAAUGACACAAUCAAACUUCCUAAAAAAGAAGGAGCUACUAUGUCUACUAAAGUCGACGCAGUUAUUAAACCUUCUAAAGUAGACGCAGCUGUAAAAGCCACUAGUGUCCAUGCAACCGUUAAUCUUGUUGAAGCAAAUGCAGCUGCAGCUGAAAGAGCUAUCAAGUCUACUAAAACUUACUCAGCUGUUAAACAUAAUAACAGUAAUGCAGCUAUUAAUGCUUUUAAAGCUGACACAGCUCGCAACGCAACUGUCAACUCUACUAACACAGCUGCCAAAUCUUCUAAAUUUAACACAGCAGUCAAACCCAUUAAAGCAGAUACAGUUGUUAAAUCGACUAAAGCUGAGACAGCUAAAGUAGCUGUUAAACCUUUAAAAUCUGAUGCAACAAUAAAAUCUACAAAUGCUAAUGUAACUGUUAAGGUUACCCAAUUUGAUGGAGCUGUUAAACCUGCUAAAGUUAAGAAAGUUAAUGCAAAUUCAACUGACAAACUUUCAAAAUCCCAAGCAGCUGUGAAACCUACAAAUGUUGACGCAGCUGUUAAGGUUACCCAAUUUAAUGCAGCUGUUAAACUCACUAAACCUAAAUCUGACGCAGCAGUUAACCUUACAAAAGAUGGUGCAGCCACUGCAGCUGUCAAGGCCACCAAAACUUCUAAAUCCUACACAGCAGUCAAAGUUACUGCAUUUGCGGCAGCUGUCAAACCUACAGUCGAAAUGCCUAAAACUGGGGCAGCUGUGAAAUCUAUUCAUACCAAAACUUUGUUUUCCAGUAUACCUAUUGAAGAAGUUCCUUAUCAAGUUUCUAUCUUGAUUUCUAGAAAAUACGCUUGUAGUGGUGUAAUUAUCAACGAAUUGCAUAUUUUAACAGCAGCACAAUGUGUUGAUGGAAUUUCAGAAGAAGAUAUGACAGUUCGAAUAGGAUCUAAAUACGUGGACAGAGACGGUCAAAUAAUUCAAGUAACCAAAAUCACUAAACAUCCAAUGUAUUUAGCAGCUGCUACGGAUAAUAAUAUUGCAGUAUUAGAAUUGCUUUCUCGAAUUGAAUUUAACGAUUUUGUAGCAGUUGUGGGCUUUUCCACUACUGAAUGGCCCAUAGGAACCGAAGGUUUUGCAACUGGUUGGAAACCUAUCGACGAUCAAACUCCGAUUCCAGUUUUGAAAGGAACUACUAUGAAAAUAUUAAACCACAAAGCGUGCGAGCCAAAAAAAUAUAAUCAACAACAUAUGUUCUGUGUUGGAAGUCUACAGCCAUUGCUGGAAACAUGUUCUUGGGGUUCUGGUAGUCCCUUAGUGGUACAUAACAUCCUUGUCGGAAUUUUUAAUAAUAAACUUGGAUGUGAACCAGGCAAUAAUAGAGUUUACACUAGUGUACCUGCUUUUCGGGAAUUUAUACGAAAAGUAGUCCUUGAAUAA